CCACCCACCACAACUACAGCUUUUGCUGAGAGGCUCCAAAUACCGCUUCUCUCCCCUGCCGCCAGAAAAAAGGACGGAGAAAUAUUUCUCUGUAUCGCAACUCAACUUUGCUCAGUAGACGGCAUCCGACCGCUCGCGAAACCAUUCCUCGAUCUUGCAACUUCUCCAUCGCCGACGUCGCCCUUCGCGCUUGACAUGCGCCGCACUUGACCCGUCACGCCCACCAACUACCCCGCCACCUUUGCGCCCCUGCUGGGAGACUAUCGAUAUCCAAAGCAGCUUUUCGGAGACCGUCGCUGUCCUCCAUCCGACGACUGUAUCGCGCGUGCUUGCCCGCGUCGCAACCCAACCCAUUUUUAAACGACACCCCGUCAAUACCAUCACCUUGGAUUACCUCGACGACAUGUCCACCUCUUCGGGGGCCCCGGAGUCUUGGAUAUCUUCCUUUUGCUCUCUCCUCGGCCAUGAAUACUUCGCCGAGGUUUCUGAGGAGUUCAUCGAGGAUGACUUCAACCUCACUGGCCUGCAGAACCAGGUCGCGAUGUACAAGGAGGCACUCGAGAUGAUCCUUGAUGUGGAGCCUGAAGAGGACGAGGACGAAGAGGAGGAGGAGGAUGAAGACGAAGACGAGAACGACUCGGGAGAUCAAGACCGACUCGGCCCCAGACACGACCGGAGACAACAUAGCCGUAUGGCUAGCGACCUAAGUGUUAUCGAGUCUUCGUCCGAGAUGCUUUACGGCUUGAUCCAUCAGCGAUUCAUCUGCUCGAGGGCGGGCAUUCAACAGAUGAGUGAGAAGUACGAGUUGGGCCAUUUCGGCUGCUGCCCCCGCACCAACUGCGACCAAGCGAGAACACUCCCUGUCGGUCUCUCUGAUAUUCCCGGCGAAGACACCGUGAAGCUGUUUUGCCCCUCCUGCCUCGACGUCUACGUCCCUCCCAACAGCCGUUUCCAAACCGUCGACGGUGCCUUCUUUGGCCGUACCUUUGGCGCCCUCUUCCUCCUCACUUUCCCGGAAUACGACCUCACUAAGCGUGGGGCCGAGGUUCUCAGCAGUGGCGGCGCUCGCAUUAACGAUGAUUCGCUCGAGAUGAUCAACGGCAUGUACGCUAAGAACAUUGCACCGGGCCUGGGCGCUGGACGUAUAUAUGAGCCCCGUAUCUACGGCUUCCGCGUUUCCGAAAUUGCAAAAUCAGGCCCUCGGAUGCAGUGGUUGAGGGACAGGCCGGAUAGCAUGACCGAACUGGACGAGGCGCGUCUAUACGCGGAUGAAAACCCCGACUCAGAUGAUGACGAGGAGAACCUGAACGGCAACGGCCGGCCUACACCCCGUCGCCGUGCUCCUGGCAAUGCGCGCCUCCGUGCAACGCAACGCCAGGCGCAGAAUGGCAGCCCGAUGGCUGUGGAGACGAACGGUGCAGAGUCGGAGCUUUAGGACUUGGUUUGGAAAACGAUUCGUACUUAUGGGACCGGUAGGCCUCCAGGGUUGAGCGGCGGAUGUGGCAACGCGCCAGGAUGGAGGCAACAGGCCAGAGAAAGAUGUCGGUGCAGAUCGAGCGAGACGGUCAAUACGGCUGCUCUGCAUAAGGUAGAUGGCGUUUAGGAGGCACACCCCGAUCUCCGUGGAUGAAAGAGGCACGGCGUUGCUAAGGGAGAUGCAUUACUGAAGUAAACAACUCAUGCCGUUACACGAACUCUGGUUUCAACUCUUUUUGCAGGCAAUGGUGCCUGUUGUAUAGGCUUAAUGCGAUGGCCAUUGCAUUUCUGGGCCUCGGGACACAGAAUAUAGACUGCAUGCAAUUCGACGGUCAGAAACAAGGACUCUUCAUUUCGCUUUCAUCGCGAUGCAAGGAGGCGAUGCCUCUAGACAACAGCUCAGG